CGACCCCCCCCCGCUCCCUGCAGAGCGCUCAAGCCCAUAGCUCCCGAGCACUGCAUGGCGUCGGCAAUCGGUCGUGUUCCUUUGCUUUUGCCAGGCCCCGUUCGGUCAAAAGCCAGCCGGCUGGGCUCUGCGCCGCACGUCGGCCAUCUCGGCGUCUGCCCGGCUCGCCCCCGACCCGCUUGGAGCCCGAGGGGCGCCCAGCGGCGCUGGCCUUUGGUCAGCGGGGCCGGGCAGGCGCGGGAGUGCCCUCGGCGACUCCGAAGGCCCGAUCGAGCAGGGCCCACUGGGCCGACCGAUGCCCUGACAUCUUGGUACAAAGGUUUCCCAGACAUGUGGUCGCAUCGUGAAAAAAACGUCUCGGGAUGAAAAGCCGGCCCCGGGGGAAGGGUCUGGACCUCCGAGGACGCCGUCUUUAGGAGGCCACAUGCGAACCCUACCCCUACCCCACACGAUUUCUGAGGGGGAGGGGGGGGUUCACUUCGUUCGGGAGCUCCCAAGCGAAGUUGUUUGUGUUGUUUAUGCUUCGACCGACCUAAACAUAGCUCUUGUGUUUUAAAUGUUUUUUGUCUGCUGGGGUGCUCCGAGCAAGGCGCAGCUCCCGUGCAGCGCAGUUCCCGUGGCUCCGGUGCUCCGAGCGAGGCGCCGCCCGCGCAGCGCAGCUCUUGCAGCGCUGAUGACCCCACCAGGCCUCCGAUUGGCGAGUCCUUGCUGGAAACCUCCUUGCAGGACCUCCGGGAGGGGCCAUCCCGAUAGCAUUAAGCCUCCGAUUGGCGAGUCCUUGCUGGAAACCUCCUUGCAGGACCUCGGGGAGGGGCCAUCCCGAUAGCGUCGCUGGGCAGCAGCUGGCCACUGUGUCCGCUGCGGCUCGCGCUCCGCUGAAGCCAUGCUUGCCCGAUAUGCGCGCUCUGACCCGGGACUCCGGCCGAGAGGCCUUGGCGAGAGGGAAGAUCGGGUGGGAGGCAGCAGCUUCCCACGGUCAAGCUCGCGCGGGCCAGAGCUUCCGCCAGCACAAGUCGCGAGAGCCCCGGCCUCCCGCAGAAACAACUCGCAGGAAGGGGCCGGGCCUCCCGCGGAGAAAUGACAUCUCGCGAGAGUGUUGGGGCGGCCUGUGGCCGUCGGGCGCGCGCCAGGUGGGCACCCUCCGCUGUGCACAGGCGCGCGGGAAAGGUCGCUCGGGUCGCAAACGGGCUGUUGCGAAUAGCGGCCAGUACUUCUGGGUCUCCCAGAUGGGGUCCGAGUUGACGGGGUCGGAGGAUCAGAGUUCUUUGGUUCGGCCGCGGCCGCACUGUAAGUUAGCAAUCAGCCACCGUAUCACUGACAAGUCAUCGUUGAUCCGAAGUUCAGCCAUGUCUUAGCGCGAGUAUGCGCGUUACUUUUUAGUCUGUGUUAGUUCGCUAGCGAGGACGUCCUCCCACGAUGGCGGAUCGGGCGCAUCCAGGCAUCAAUCGUGUGGAGGAAACGUGCCGCAGAGAGUGAGGGUCUGGAGGAGGGGUCCUACCCGGGUAGGAUCCGAGAGCAUCGUGGCCCGAGAGAUCCCCAUGUGUUUCUUCGGAUGGACCCUGCAACAUCCAAGCCAGUUGCUUCUCGCGCCUAGACGAACGGUGUCCAACGCAGUCCAGAGCGAGAGCGGUCUUGCCUCCAGAGCGAGAGCAGCCCAAUACAUCCAUCCGCUCUCCUCCCUCUCCUCGCCGGUCUGCUUUCCUUUCUCCCCGCUCUUGCGGCUGCUUCUUUGGAGCCGUACUGGAGUAAGUCUGGCCCGCAGGCUAAUACUAGCUGACGUGUGUCCCCUUCCUCCUUCUCUUCCUCCUUCUCCUUCUCCUCCUCCUCCUCCUCAUCAUCAUCAUCAUCAUCCUCCAUGUCAAUCAGUUGCCCCAUCAUUGACCAGCCAUCGCUGAUCGUCAGCUCAGCUAUUUGUUAGCGCGCGUGCACGAGCUACUUUUUAUUAUGUGCUAGUCCGCUAGUGAGGGCGUCCUCGCACGAUGGCGGAUCGGGCGCAUCCAGACAUCUAUGGUGUCGAGAAAA